AUGAAUAAAAUCAUCGUGGUAACGUUCUUGGUGGUUUGUGUGCUUGGCUAUCUGUCGUCCACUGUCGACGGGAGUCCCGCGCGUCGCAAGCAGCAGUCCAGCUCGUCGGAAGAAUCCGACGAACGGAAGCAAAUGGUGCGCGAUCGGAAGAAAGGUAGAAGGCCUGAUGGCGGCGAUCGGGAAAUGUCCCGGAGAGGAUCGGGCAACCGAAGAAAGGGACAUUCUUCGGAAGAAAGCGGUGAAAUGAAGAUGCGCCGACCGGCAUCGGGGUCGGGAAAGAAAAAGAAUAAAAAUCGAUAUAGGAACAGGAAGCCAACGACGACGACGGCUACCACUUCUACUAGCACAACCACCACCACCACCACAACCGCUGCUCCGUCAAGUUCAAACCCCCCUACUGUAGGAUCAACUAGGGCGGACAUCUCAACAACAACAGCUUCUUCGUCCACGACUUCAACGACACCAACCACCACCACCUCUUCAAGCCCAUCGAUCACAAGUUCUACAACUCCUUCAAUGACACCAACCACAACCACCUCUUCAAGCCCAUCGACCACAAGUUCUACAACUCCUUCAACGACGACCACUCAGAAUCCUACGUCAACCACAACGUCCUCACCAAGUUCUACAACAGCUGCCCCUUCCUCCACCACUCGCCGGCAACAAUCCCGCCGGGACGAUUAA